AUGGCUUCAGCAGGACGCACGUAUCUGGCCUUCCAGCACGACGCCAAGCUGCACAAGCUGCCAACCAAAGUCGUCGCCAUCCACGCCUUCUCAUCCCUCGAGGAAGCCAACCGCGGCCUCUUCAAGCAAGGGACCGACCAGGACCAUGUCGUCGUCACAGAAAAGACCAUCUUCCACCCGCAGGGCGGCGGCCAGCCCUCAGACGUCGGCACAAUGACCGGCCCGUCCGGCGCGGCCUUCGACGUCCAGGCAGUGCGCAUGGACGCCGUGCGCGACGGGCAGGUCCUGCACUUUGGCCGCUUCGCCGACCCGUCGUCGUCAUCACCACCGUCGCCCGCCUUCAAAGCCGGCGACACGGUCGAGCAGGCCAUCGACGCCGACAAGCGCCUGCUGUACUCGCGGCUGCACACGGCGGGCCACGUGCUGGGCGCGGCGGUGCGGCACCUGCUGGAAAAAGAAGUCGCGGGCUUCGACGAGCUCAAGGCGUCGCACUUCCCGGACUCGGCGGCGUGCGAGUUUGCCGGGCUCAUCGAGGCGCGGUGGAAGGACCCCGUGCAGAAGAAGGUCAACGAGUACGUCGCUGCUGCGAUGCCGGUUGAGAUCGACUGGUGGGACGAGGAGGAUUUUCGGAAGCAUGGCCUCGAGAGGCUGAUUCCCGAUCGGAGCCUGGCGCCGCCCGGGGAGAAGUUCCGCGUGGUUAAUAUUGUGGGGGCGGAGGUUUAUCCUUGUGGUGGGACGCAUGUGGACACGACUGAUUUGUGUGGUGAGACGAGGGUUAAGAAGAUUUCGAGGAGUAAGGGUACGUCGCGGGUUAGUUACACUGUCACUUGA